AUGGCCGGCCCUGGUGGUGGUCCUCCUCGCAAGAGCCAUACCAAGUCCCGAAAUGGGUGCAAGACAUGCAAGAAGCGCCAUAUUCGCUGCGACGAGACCUUCCCACAAUGUCGCAAUUGUACCAAGCAUAACUGCCGCUGUGACUAUCAAGAUGUUGCAGUGACCCAAACUCCCCCGAACUCACGGCGAGGGCCUGAUCUACUUAUGUCUCCAGCUAUCGAGAUGGAGAUUGACAACUGGCAUCGCUCCGGCAUACCUCCCUAUCCCGAACUGAUGCAGUGUCCUCGAUCUGGCUGGACGGGACUAUCGCGCGCAGACUUGCGUCUGAUCCACCAUAUUAUCGGCCUCUCGAUCGAUCUACAUCGGCGUGGACUGAGUGCCUGCACCGUGUGGGCACAUAAGAUGCCUAACUUCCUCGCGAUCGCGCUCUCAAAAGAUUUUGUCAUGAGCGCCAUCCUCGGCCUCUCGGCCUUCCACCUUGGCUGCCUCACACGGGAUCAGGAAACCAAGCAACUAGCCCAUCACCAUAAAAUCACAGCUCUACGGGGGCUCCAAAAUGCCCUCGGUUCCUUCUCAAAGGAGAACUGCGAUGCAACCCUAGCUGCGUCUAUUCUUCUCUCAUGGCAAACAACUGAUCGCCCAGAAUGGAUAUCUCUGCAGCAUAGUAUCUCAAGUGUUCUCGACUCAAUGUAUCCGUUCUGGAGACAAGAAUCCGAGCUCGCACAAUUGGUUGAAACCCAGCGCUCUCUCCACGCUUCAGAUUACCCACUGGUCCCGGAGGAGGACUUAAGUCAGCUUGACCAGACCAUUCAAGCGCUACAGAUUGCCCAGAGUCGUGUCUCCCACAAUCAGGAAUACUCCUCGCGGAUGCUGGAGUUGAUUGAAUUUGUGAAACAAUUCCGCAAAGACUACCCUUCCCAAACUGCCGAGCAGUCAUUUGAGCGCGUCCAGGCCCUCCGACAAUGGCUUUUCUGGAAUCCUUCUUCUAUGCUGAGAGGCGGCGAUUCUGAGUCCAGUGCUCUUGCAGUCCUCGCUCAAUUCUUCGCAGUCGGUGUCGUUCUCGAUCGCUUCUACCCUGAGAUGGGUGCAUCAUACCUCGCCGCAUCAUCUGUCGGACCCAUAGAAGAGAUCUAUCGUAUCCUCGCCACAUACAAUACCACUGGUACGUUCAACACCGAGUUGCCCCUAGCAAUGUCUUUGAUGGACUUGCCUCGCCAUGUUGUUGCCCGCCACCACAGUCUCCUGGCUUGGUCACCACGCUCGUCAAUCGAGCACUACUCUCCCGGUCCACCGAGCCCAUAUCACGGUCUGACCGACUACUCCAUCACCUCUCCUGAAUCCGCUUCUCCAUCAUAUAUGGCGUAUACCCCACCUCUACAGUCUCCUCCUGCGGUCACCGUUGCCGGCUCCCCCUUCCAACUCGCAGAUGGCUAUGUUACCGCUGCCUCCUCGCAUACUUUAUAUCCGCCGUCUCCACAGCUGCUUGAUAACCAUGACGCACAGUUUGGUCUCUCUGAACUGAGUCAUGUGGUUUCAACUACAUCAGCAUAUACCCCUCCUUAUGGGAACCCUGUUCUCUGUGGAGACAUGCCUCGCGCGGAUACCUCGCUUGGUCUCAAUAUGGAUGCAUAUCAGCAACCACACCAUUUUGAAAUGACAGGUCUUGUUACACCCGAGCCCUGUUGGACAUGA